AUGCCACGUAAAACAACAAACGCGAACCCAUCAAAACCUAUGAAUAUGACUAAUGCUAGUUUAUUAAAAUUCUUUUCGCCGAUUCAGAAAGAACCUAAAAAAGAGGCGAAAGAAUCAGAAAAAUAUAUUAAAGAAUUUUUAUCAAAGAUGCGUUCGGAAUUACUUAAAAAACGUGGAAUAAAAAAUGUCGUAUCAAUUAAAAAAUUGAUGCAACAAUCUCAACCAUCCGAAAAGGGUAAAAUUUGGAUGAAAUUAUUACAAUUUUGUGAUAAUUGUCGACCUGCAUAUUAUGGCACGUGGACAAAGGCUAGUCAAAAGAUUUCACCACGAAAUCCAUUUGUUAAAGAUACUGAUAUUUUAAAUUAUGAUUACGAUAGCGAUGACGAUGACUGGAUCGUGCCUAAUGGAUAUCUUUCUGAAGACGAACGAAUGUUAGAUUCGGAUGGAUCCGUUUUAUCUUCGUCAUCAUUGCCUGUCAAAUCUGUCGGAAAUGAAAAAAAUGAAAAUAAGCCAAAAAUAUUUGAAAUAUUACGUCCUAUCGUGAUUGGACCAAUCUUUGAAGAAUAUCUUGGUGACAAUAGUCAUCAUCAAUUGGUUGAAUACAGUGCAAAAUUAUUAAAUGUGGAUAUUUCUACAUCUUAUAAUGUCUUUACGAAACCACCAUCGAUACAACAUAAUCAUUCCACAACCAAGUCUACCGGACAGAAUAAACGAAAAAUCAAAGAUCAAUCAUCUACUUCAUCAUCUUCUGAUUGGAUGAGAGAUGGUGCCAUUCCUUUACUAAUUCUUCCUUUAAACUUUUAG